CCGCAACGCCACUCGGGAGCCAAAAUGCAAUAGAAUAAUGAAUAAAAAACGGAGAGGAAGAAAGAGAUUGAGGAAGGAAAUGGAGAUGUAAAUACAGACAGAUGUAAAGACAAACAGAUGUAAAGACAAACAGAUGUAAAGACAAACAGAUGUAAAGACAAACAGAUGUAAAGACAAACAGAUGUAAAGCCAUGUAAAUCAAAAGGCAUCCCGUUGCACUUCCACCCCAUUCCACCCUACUGCUGAUAACUGCCAGGUUUUCACCACAGCCCAAACUUUUCUUCUGUUGUUCUCUCUUAACUUAAUGGCAUGAAUUGAGAGACAUGCAGCCCUGCACACACACAGCCCUGCAGGUUGGCAGGUCAGGGGAAGGAGAGGCAUUGUAAAAGUAUAUCUCGGGGUAACUAGUAGGCUUCAACCUGAGUGGCUGACUUAACGACUGAGUGAGAGAACGACAGAGGAGGAGUGGACUUUUUUCUCUUUCUGCAGAAUUCCUCCAGUCAUUCCUGGCUGGCGAUGGGAAUUGGAAGAGCUUUCCUGUGAUUCAGAAUACAGAGACACAGCAUUCAGGACACUCUUGUGUCUGACGCUCUGGGAAAAUUUACAAGGGAGUUUAUUUCGGAAGUUGGAGCAGAGUUUUUGGACGUUUUGUGUAUAGUGAAUUGCGUAAAGUUAGAGUGUAUUUUUGGAAGUUGGACAAGAGUUUUGGGACGCUUUGAUAAGAGGAACACUGAGUGAGUGGAAUUGAACUGUACUUGGGAUAGUGUGAUAGUUGCACUGGCUUGGUCCUGGGUUUUUGGAAGGACCAUGGCAGGGGCAGGCAUUACCAGGAAGGGUUCUGGGAGACCCUCGUACUACUACAGGUUUCUGGGCCGCACUCGUCUCCAACGGCAACGCAGCAGGUCCCGCAGCCGCACCAGACCAGCAGCCAGCAGGGAGUCGCCCCCGGAGCGAACGGGCCGCCGACGGAGCAUGCCUGGUGGUGCGCCGGACAAGAUCACCCACACCAUGGAACCUGCCGCAGCAGCCACGCCCUUCAGAGUCACCGGCUUUCUGAGUCGGAGGCUGAAGGGUUCUAUAAAGCGUACUAAGAGCCAGCCCAAACUGGACCGUAACUCCAGCUUCAGACACAUCCUGCCUGGCUUCAGGAGUGUGGACAAUGAGAGAUCUCAUCUGAUGCCGAGGCUGAAGGAGUCUCGCAGCCACGAGUCGUUGCUCAGCCCCGGUAGUGCUGUGGAGGCCGUGGACCUCAGCAUGGAGGAUGAGGUGCUCAUCAAACCUGUUCACAGCUCCAUCCUCGGACAGGACUACUGCUUCGAGGUCACCACUUCAACGGGAACGAAAUGUUUCUCCUGUCGAUCGUCAGCCGAAAGGGACAAGUGGAUGGAGAACCUGAGGAGAGCCGUCCACCCCAACAAGGACAACAGCCGUCGGGUGGAGAACAUGCUGAAGCUGUGGAUCAUCGAAGCCAAGGACCUUCCUGCCAAGAAGAAGUACUUUUGCGAGCUGUGUCUGGACGACGCGCUGUACGCCCGCACCACCUGCAAGCUCAAGACCGACAACGUCUUCUGGGGCGAGCACUUUGAGUUCAACAACCUCCCGGCCGUCAAAAGCAUCACGGCCCACCUCUACAAGGACUCGGACAAGAAGAAGAAGAAAGACAAGAACAACUACAUUGGACUGGUCAACAUCCCUGUUGCCGCGGUGACAGGGAGGCAGUUUAUGGAAAAGUGGUACUCUGUGAGCACGCCGACGCCCAAUAAGGGUAAGACGCCGGGGCCCAUGAUCCGGAUCAAGGCCUGCUACCAGAGCAUGAACAUCCUGCCUAUGGAGAUGUAUAAGGAGUUUGCAGAGUACACCACCAAUAACUACAUGUUGCUGUGCUCUGUGCUGGAGCCUGGCAUCAGUGUGAAGAACAAGGAGGAGAUGGCUUCUGCCCUGGUCCACAUUCUACAGAGCACCGGCAAGGCCAAGGACUUCCUGACUGACCUGAUGAUGUCAGAGGUGGACCGGUGUGGGGAGAACGAGCACCUGAUCUUCCGAGAGAACACCCUGGCCACCAAGGCUAUAGAGGAGUACCUCAAACUGGUGGGGCAGAAGUACCUGCAGGACGCACUUGGUGAGUUUAUCAAGGCGCUGUAUGAGUCAGAUGAGAACUGUGAGGUGGACCCAUCCAAGUGUUCGUCCAAUGACCUGCAGGAGCACCAGAGCAACUUGAAGAUGUGCUGCGAGCUGGCCUUCUGCAAGAUCAUCAACUCCUACUGUGUGUUUCCACGGGAACUGAAGGAGGUGUUUGCGUCGUGGCGACAGGAGUGCAGUAGCCGGGGCCGACCGGACAUCAGCGAGCGGCUGAUCAGCGCGUCUCUGUUCCUGCGCUUCCUGUGCCCGGCCGUUAUGUCCCCGUCGCUUUUCAACCUGAUGCAGGAGUACCCUGACGACCGCACCGCACGCACACUCACGCUCAUCGCCAAGGUCACCCAGAACCUGGCCAACUUCACCAAGUUUGGCAGUAAGGAGGAGUACAUGUCCUUUAUGAACCAGUUCCUGGAGCACGAGUGGACCAACAUGCAGCGCUUCCUGCUGGAGAUCUCUAACCCAGAGACCAUCUCGAACACAGCAGGGUUCGAAGGUUACAUCGACCUGGGACGGGAGCUGUCCACCCUGCACAACCUGCUGUCAGAGGUCGUCUCUACCAUGGACCAGACCUCCGCCUCCAAACUGGGGCCUCUACCCAGGAUCCUCCGGGAGGUGAACACAGCGCUGACCAACCCGUCCAGUAUGACCAUGACCAUGACCGCUCCGUCCCCCUCUGACCGUACAGGGUCUCCGCCCAACACCGGGGCAGGCUGCAGCAUCUCCACCGGCCUGCAGAAGAUGGUCAUCGACAAUGACCUCUCAGGGUUGGUGGACUUCACCAGGUUACCCUCCCCGACCCCGGAGAACAAGGACCUUUUCUUCGUCACCAGGAAUUCUGGGAUCCACCCCUCCCCGGCCCGCAGCUCUAGCUACUCCGAGUCCAAUGAACCUGAGCUGGGCAUGGCCAACGGCAGCAAAAGCCUUUCCAUGGUGGACCUCCAGGACCCCCGCAUCUUAGAGGGCAGCCCCUCAGACGGACUGGGAGAGGGCAUCGUUCCUGGGGGAGUGUGGUCGGCCCGGACCCCCCAGGGUAACAUCAUUGGAGGUCCUACACUGAGGAGGCCGGUCCAGACCCCCACCACCCCUGGGUCGGAGAGUGCCCCAGGCAGGUCGGCUCAGCUUCUGGCCCCCCUGUCCUUCCAGAACCCCGUCUACCAGAUGGCGGCAGGGCUGCCAGUGUCGCCGCGAGGCAUGGCCGACUCAGGCUCCGAGUGCCACAGCUCCCACAGUUCCCACAGCAACAAUGAGGACGGGCUGGGAGGAGGAGGGAAACACAACACCUUCCUGAACCACGGAGGAGGAGGUGGUGGUGGGGGGAGUAGCGGGGAGGAGUAUGCACGUCGUUCGGGGGAGUUUGUAGGCACGCGGAGGCAGCUGUCACUCACAGAGGCCCAGCCCACCAUGCCCAGACAAAACAACGCCGGCCCCCAGCGCAGGAUAGACCAGCCCCCUCCGCAGACCACCGUCACCAGGGGCCGCACGCCGCCGAACCUGCUCAACAGCGGGCCCUACCCGCGCCCCUCCAGCGGCAGCAUGAUGUCAUCAUCGCCCGACUGGCCCGGCAGUGGUGCGCGGCUACGGCAACAGUCGUCGUCAUCAAAAGGAGACAGCCCUGAGACCAAGCAGAGAGCCCAGCACAAACAGGCCCCCUCCCCAAUGAACCCCAAUGCGCUGGACCGUACGGCUGCCUGGCUGUUGAAUAUGAAUGUGCAGUAUGUAGACCAUGAGGGGAUGGACCCCGAGUUCAGAAACAGAGAGGAUCUCACUCUGGCCGAGAAGUACCAGCAGGAGAUCGUGGUCCUCCAGGAGAAGCUGCGUGUUUCGGUCCAGAAGCUGGAGGAGUACGAGGCUCGUCUGAAGGGCCAGGAUGACGGAGGUCCGAAGGUUCUGAUGGAGUACCAGGCACGGCUGGAGGAGUCUGAGGAACGCCUGAGACGACAGCAGGACGACAAGGACCUCCAGAUGAAGGGUAUUAUCAGCAGGCUAAUGUCUGUGGAAGAGGAGCUGAAGAAAGACCAUAGUGAUAUGCAGGCUGCGGUCGACUCCAAACAGAAGGUCAUUGAUGCACAGGAGAAGCGUAUCGCGUCUCUUGACGCAGCCAACGCCCGUCUGAUGAGUGCCCUGACCCAGCUGAAGGAGCGCUACAGCAUGCAGACCCGUAACGGCAUAUCCCCGACCAAUCCCACCAAGCUCCAGAUCACUGAGAACGGAGAGUUCAGGAACAGCAGCAACUGCUAGAGAGAGUCUGAUAGAGAGUGGAUGUGUGUGUGUGUGUGUUGGCUGGUGCUUGUAAAGGACACUUCCUUAUAUGGACACUAAACGGGGGUUAGUCUAAGUGAGGAGACCACUGUGAGGGGCCAAGCAGCGAGGCGGCGGGACUUCAGUUUGACAGACAGCUGACCAAGUCAGUGACAGCGAAUCAAUGGACAGAGCUGAAUACCAGUGGGCCCUGCAGAGGAGGAGGCGGGACAAGCUGUAGAUAUGAACUGAACUCUCCAUUAAUCAACCGAUUUGGAUGUUUCCAUUGGAUGUAUGCAGUUGCUGGGACAAUUUCGGACUCUUCCCUAAAGCUUUGGACAAAUCAUUAUAAUGAACACAAUGUCUGUCUGUCAGAUAGUCACCCAAUCCUCUCUCUUCCCCUCUCCUCUGUUUCCUCUCCUUUCCUGACCUCCUCUCUUCUCCUCUCUUCUCUGUUACGACCAGGUCAUGUGGACCGUGUACAAAACAGAACAAUAAUAAUACAACCCCGAACAAUAAUAAUACAACCCCGAACAAUAACAAUACAACCCCGAACAAUAAUAAUACUUGUUGAGGGAAUUUUAGUUUAUGGUCAAAAAGACUGUAAAAUCACUAUGAAUUCAGCAAAAGAUUUGUUUAAUUUAGGAAAUCUGUUCCUAAAUAUUCCCAAGAAUAAAAAAAA